UGCUUGGCGACAACAACUGCGUGUUUCAGUGAACUGCUCCUCCGUCGUUUUCCUGAUAUUUUCCCGAACGGAUAUAUGAAACUACGAGUGUUUUGUUGCCCCAUCACAUUGGAAAGAUACAUGCUGCUAAUAUGGCAAACAAGGCGCAGGUUUUGUAUGAGUUUACAGCUGAAGCAGGUAACAAUGAACUUUCUGUGAGAGAAGGAGAGACCAUCACAAUCAUAAACCAGAAUGUAGGUGGUGGUUGGAUAGAAGCUCAGAACUCAAACGGAGAUGUAGGUCUUGUCCCGGAAGAUUACAUAGAGGUGAACUCUAGUGCAGCUCCCAGUGCACCGCAAACACAAGCUGCAGUAGGAUCCUAUGAUGCGUACAGCUCUGAACCAGCAUACACUCAGGGAACAAAUGGCAGUGACCCUUGGUCUUCCUCAGCAUGGACAGCCAAUAACAGUCCCCCUGGGAAUUGGGACUAUGGUGGACAACAACAAACACCCGCCUUCCAACAGCAGGGGUCCUUAGAUGACGACGAGUGGGAUGAUGAAUCUGAUGAUGGCAGGUCAGCCGGCGGCUACUCCCAGGCAGAGGAUGGGGGCGCCACACAGAGGGGGGGCACCCUGCACCCCUCCAUGAAAAUCUCCCUCAACAAGUUUCCCUUUUCAAAGACCCCAAAUCCAGAGGUCUACCUUCUUGGAAAACUUCCAAACAAAGGAAAAGAAAAAUUGUCGAUAUAUAUGGGAGAGGUGGGUCCUGUGUGGCUGUAUCCUCAAACACCUCUGGACUGCAUAGUUGCAGAUCCCAAAAAGGGCACCAAAAUGUACGGCUUGAAGAGUUACAUUGAAUAUCAAAUCACACCAAGUACCACAAACAGAGCUGUCAACCACAGAUACAAACACUUUGACUGGCUGUAUGAGAGACUACUGGAAAAGUUUGGCUCAGCAAUCCCGAUCCCCUGCCUGCCAGACAAGCAGAUCACAGGGCGCUUUGAUGAUGACUUUAUUAAGAUGCGCAUGGAGCGCCUGCAGGGCUGGAUGAGCAGGAUGUGUCGGCAUCCUGUCGUCUGUGAGAGCGAAGUCUUCCAGCUUUUUGUCACCUACAAGGACGAGAGGGAUUGGAAAGUGGGGAAGAGGAAAGCAGAGAAAGACGAGACCAUGGGCGUGAUGAUCUUCUCCACAAUAGAGCCAGAGGCACCCGAUCUGGAUCCCAUAGAAGUUGAACAGAAAUGUGACAUGUAUAGCCGUUUUACAAAAUCCAUGGACGAUGGAGUCAAAGACCUGCUCAACGUUGGGCAUUUACAUUGGAAGAGGUGUACAGGGCCUCUACAGAAAGAAUACCAAAAAAUUGGGAAAGCGUUUCAGAAUCUUUCUAAUGUUUUCACUACCAGUGGAUAUACAGGAGAAACCACACUCACAGAGGCGUUAACUGCAACAGGAAGAACCUAUGAAGAUAUUGCAGAAAUUGUGGCAUCACAGCCCAAGCAAGAUCUGCAUUUCCUUCUGGAAACAAACAGUGAAUACAAAGGCUUGCUGGGCUGCUUCCCAGACACCAUAGGAGUCCAUAAGGCAGCCAUUGAGAAGUGGAAGGAGGCAGACCGUCUGGUGGCCAUGAACAAAAUCAACCACCAGGACAAACUUACGAUGGCUAAGCGCCUGAGCACCAUGUCCUAUUCGCUGCAGGCCGAAAUGAACCACUUCCAUAGCAACCGUAUCUAUGACUAUAACAGGGUCAUGCGCCUCUACCUUGAGCAACAGGUCAAGUUCUAUGAAACGAUUGCUGACAAACUGAGGCAGGCACUCGGUCAGUAUGCCGAUUUAUGAAGACGGGCAUGCCUCACGUCUAACUCAAGUGACCUCUUGCCCUUGAACUAAAACUUCAUUUUAACAUGACCAGAAAUCCCUGCAAUGCACCAUUGCCUUUUCUCACAGCGUGACGUGAAUCAAACAUUUAAAAUAGAUACAUAAGUAUUUGCACCUGAGUCUUGCACACAAUUUGGUUUGACAUUUCAAGGAACUGAACAUUGAAAAGAGGAACUGAGAGCAAACUAAGGAUGCUUUUGAAAAACCAUUGCCAUCCGUUUAAACCAUGUGUAGCAUCUCCAGAUGGUUCUAUGGCAUUUGGGCAAAUAAUUUGUGUCUUAAAGCCAUUACACUUUGCUGAGCCAUCAGACAAUAUUAGAAUUCAGUUUAAAGCUGCAACUAGUAACAGAUAUGUGUAACAUACUCUCACCAUCACCAUGUUAAAUGUCUCCUCCUGUGAUCUCAUUUGACAGUCGUUUAAGUCUGUCUUCAGAGAUGCCGUGCUGCUUCCUGCUCGUAUCUCCAUGUUCGUUGUAAACUCCAUUGGCCCUGACUUACAUGAUGGGCAAAGAAGUCUUCUCAGUGAGCAAAGUGUCUUAUGCGUGAACACUGUGUGGGGUGGGCAAACACAGAGUUGACCCACCAAUUUUUGAUCUUAGGAUCUUGCUCAUCGUAUUUAAUUAGCGAAUAGAUUUUGCCUCUUAAAUAAAUUGGCGUUAGUUCAUCUGUAGGCCUUUUCAAUUAGGGUCCUAUGUCAUUUUCACUGAUUUAAGUCACUGAGGCUGGUCCUUAUGGGGCAUGUGACCAAAUGCAAAAAACAUAAUACCUAUGUCCUUAAUACAUCUUUUUUAUCCUAUAAGGGCUUUUAUGUCAUACACCGUUUGUUGUGUAGCUAAGAAUCCAGGUUGUACAUGAAAGUUCUUAUUUUCAUGAAAGAUUUGGUGUAAUUUCAACGUAAUACUUAUAUUGUAAAGUCAUAAUAUUCAUCCUCAUCUCAAUACACAUUUCACUUAAAUGAAUGUAACUUUAUAUAUUGUAUGAAAUAAUAAAAAUAUCUAUUUGUACU